AAGAGCCAGCAAAAUUCUCGGAGUGUCAGUUGAACGCGUGUGUUAGAGUUCGUCAAAACGUAGAGCUUAAAAAAAGCGUACGAGAAUACCAGUUGAUUCUCGUUUCUCCUAAAUUCACCUUAUUUUCUCUUUCUCGCUGACGAUCUAAAUUUCCGGAAGUUUCACAUUUUCUUCAAUUUCCGGUUUGUUUUAAGGCUAUUGGAAUUGCGCAUUCGAUGUUGUCCUGAAUCACUGCAAUUCUCAACGGAUACACCUCCAUUUGUGCGGAACGUUGUGGAUUCGGACUUUCGUCAAGGUUUUCUUUCUUUCGUGAGCUUUUCGAGACGUUCUUUUUUUUUUUAAACUCGACCGUGCGACGUAUUUGUCACUGUGCAACGGCGAUUAUGAUGUAUGAAAAAAAUGGUGUCUAAUCGAUUGCAGUAACGUCAGUUCGUUUCGAUAACUCUGGGGAACAAAAGAUUUUUCGUUCCCAGUUCGAUAAUCCGUAUGUCACUGAAUGAUACAAUAGAAUUCAAAUAAAUGCGAAAUUCUAUUUCGUGGCUAAAAUUUAGUGUUCAACAACGAAACAAUGGCAAAUGCUAAGUUUGCUAUUUUUUUAAUCCUUGCACUCUCCGGUGUGAUUUCAUUUAAAAAAGAUUAUUCCGAUGUGGAUUUACUGAGAGCAGAGCUCAAUGAAAUUCAAGAUUUGUUUAAAAAUGCUGGACGAAGCUCCACCGGACCUGGAGAAGGAACUUACACCAGGCUUGUUAUGGCAUACAAGCAUUUCGAUGACAGCUUAGAAAAAUCUCCAGUUGCCAAUGCCAAAAAUUAUCUCAGUUCUCUCAAUUCUCUGUGGCUUUGGGCCGACGUACAAGAAGAAAUGAAAAAAGUCGAUGGACUAUACAAAAACUUUAAACAACGAUUGCGUGAAACCGCUGACAAAACCGCCCCUUUUCAACUCGAUCAGUGGCUCAUUUUUGCAAAAACUGUGCUCAAUGAUCCCAAUUAUGCUCUUCCCCCUACUCUGGGCCGUAUAACUGAUACUAUUAUUCGGGACAAUUUGUUCGAAUCUGCUCAUCAGGAAGCAACAAGGCAAAUUUGCAAUGAGAAACAAUCGCCUCAACAAAUGCUCUACAAUUUGUACAAUACGAUUGUUUUCACGGAAAUGAAAGGUUUUGCCAUGAUGCAAUUCUCCUACAAUCUUUUACGAUUAUACAACAACGUAACAUUCAUCGAAGAGACCGAGAGAACAAAGGAAAAAUAUCUUGAGAGGAUCAGCGAAACAUUGACCACAGUCAAAAUUGCAAUGUCUCAUGCACCACGAGAAUUGUGGCGAUGCGAUCCUAGUAUUCACAUAGAAGGCUCAACAUACACGGAACUGAAGCAACUGCUGCAGGGUUAUAUCGUGAACGAGGUGGAUUUGAAUCCAACAUCGACGUGUAAAAAUAAUUGUGCUACUUACAGUUUAGCAUCUGUACACGGUUGUUAUGCUAAUCAAUAUUGUGCUCAACAACGUCGCUGCAAUGGGAACGUUGUAAAUUGUCAGUACAUUGAUUCAGAUAUGUGGAUUUGUCCAUCGGCAAAAGGAAGCGACAGACGAUACGAUUACAUACAGUACGAAAACCGCCUCGUUUAUGGAAAUAAAGAAACUUGCAAAAAACCGACAACCAAAGUCGACAGUUGGUGGAGAUGGCUAUUCUGGCACUGCAGUUAUUGCAUGUGUUUCUGCGACGAUCACAAUUCAAGUUCCGAUCGUUAUUUCAGCCUUAGAGAAGUUACUUCGGAUGCCACAGAAAAUUGGGUCGUAACCGGAAUUAAACUGGAAAAAGUGAACAAAAUCGUUCACCUCGUUAUCCAACAAGGCCAAUUGCUAAAACGCGCCGGAAUCAACGAAACGACCGUACAUUGGAAGAAAAUUGAUAAUUUUACGGUUUUAGAUUCGAAUGUCGAGAAUGGCCGUGACUAUUACACGCUCGCUUGGGAACAAAGAGCUAUUGAUUUGGACGAUUUGGUUUCAAUGGAUAAUGAAGUCCUCACUGGAGUACGAUUCAGAGUCGUCGGAGUGCAUUUGAAUUUCGAGAUUCGUGUGACACCGUUUAAUUUUACAAGUGGCAAGCUUAUAAAGCCUCUUGAGAAGAGUAGAUGGAUGAGCAAUGAUAAUACCGAUGUGAAAGAUUCCUCGGCUACGGAGAAAGCGAGAACGGAAUUGAAAUUGGACAAGCCGGGAAUUCCGACGAUAAUUCGUGCUCCUUCAUUGCCGGAUUCUCGUUCUAAUCAAUAUUUGAACUUUGGACCAACGGAUCUUGAGAAGGACGUCGGACAGACGACGAUACCUUAUUUAGACAUACAGCCGGUGAUUACGAUCCCGCCGUUUCCGCUAUCGGGUGCAGGAAUUUACCACAAGGGACGUAAAGGUUCCGGUGGUUUUGUUGCACCGCGAAUAAUAACUUAUGAUUUCGAGAAACAUCUUCAAGCCGAUUUGCCACCGUCAGCUACAGUUCACGGAAUUAAUGACAUACCGGUUCUCUAAAUACAUUCGUAAUCUCGAUAAUAAUGAUGAAAAAGCUCUCUAAUUUCUCUCAUCAAAUUGGAACAAAGUGAAAGAAAUGACAAUGAAAAUAUUCUCAGGAGAAAAUUUCGGAGUAGACGCGCUGUGUACAUAAAGCGAUAAUAGUCGAAAAUAUGAGAAUACACGUUAAUUGUGUACGUUAUGAAAAAGAGAAUAGAGGGACAGCGAGAGAACAUUAUUUCAUUAGUUUUAAGCUCGACAAGAUUAUUUGUCAUAUUUUGUUCGAUUUUUUUUUGCAUUUUCUUUUAAGACGCUCUUGAUCGAUUAAUGAAUGUAUAUUCUGUAUGCAUAAAACGAUAUAUGAUAAUAAAAAAACUAAUUACAAUCGAGA